AUGAUGACGCCUGAGGAUUUUGUGAGAUCAGUUGAGGAUGGUUUGAAACUGUCUAAGCGAAUAUAUGUUGGCAAAGACAGAGCCGUAGCUCCUCCAAAGAUUCCAGUGAUGAUGGACAAAUCCCUCAUGGAUGCUUUCCUCCCCAAGUCCCCCAUGGUGUAUGCCAUAAUCUCCAAUCCAGGUAUCGUCGAUAACCCUGACAUACCUAGCUACCAACCUCAUGUCCACGGUAGGUGUGAUCCCCCAGCUCUCAUCCCGCUUCAAAUGAACCGGAUCGAGCUUCAGGUUGAUUGCUUCUUCGAUAACGUCUUCGUCCAAAUAAUCGGAUCAUGGCGUGUUCAUUGUGUUAUGGGAAGCAAGAGUUGUGAUUGCCUUAUUGCCCUUCCUAUGGGGGAACAGGGUUCAAUUCUAGGUGUCGAGGUAGAGGUUCAUAGAAAGUCAUAUGCUACGGAGAUAACAGAAAUGAAAGACAUCAAGGAUGAGGAUAAAGAAGCACGUCCUGAAAAUGGUGGUUAUCUCAAACCCAGCAUAUUUACUGUCACAAUCCCAAAGGUUGACGGGGGUGCCAUACUUUCAAUUAGAGCUAGUUGGAUGCAGAAAUCAAUAUGCAACAAUGGAGAAUUUUUUAUGGGAGUUCCGUUUAGUUUCCCAGAGUAUGUCAUUCCACUUGCAAAGAAGCUACCCAAGAAGGAGAAAAUACUUCUGAAUGUGAAUUCUAGUUCAGAGACUGAGAUUAUAUGCAAACAUACCAGUCAUCCUUUGCAGGAAGUCAGUAGAGAAUCUGGGAAGUUGUCUUUCGCUUACGAAACUGAAGUUCUCACAUGGACGCACAAUGAUUUCACUUUCUCUUAUGUGGUCUUGUCAGGCCAUAUAUCUGGUGGUUUGCUUUUGCAAUCACCAUCUAUGCAUGAUGUUGAUCAAAGAGCAAUGUUUUCUAUGUACCUCUUUCCUGGAAAUCAGCAAAGCAUGAAGGUGUUCAAAAGAGAGGUUGUAUUUGUUAUUGAUAUAAGUGGAAGCAUGGAAGGAAAACCAAUUAAGGCUACAAAGAAUGCAAUAUUUACUGCCAUCAACAAGCUUGAACCAAAAGAUUCAUUCAAUAUAAUAGCUUUCAAUGGAGAGAUUUAUGUGUUCUCAUCUGUGAUGGAAUCCGUAACCGAGGACACAAUUGAUAAGGCUUGUCAGUGGAUUAAUUCAAACUUUUUGGCAAGUGGGAGUACAAAUAUUUCACAGGCUCUAAAUAAGGCAAUAGAGAUGGUCUCCAACAGUACUGGUGUAAUCCCUCUCAUAUUCCUUGUGACUGAUGGGACUGUUGAAGAUGAAAGACACAUUUGUGAAGCGAUCAAAAGUGAAGGAACUGUUGGGGGAAUGAUAUCUCCACGGGUACACACUUUUGGCAUUGGGUUGUACUGUAAUCAUCAUUUUUUGAGGAUGCUUUCAAUCCUUGGCAGGGGAGGAAAUGAUGCGGCUUAUGAAUUAGAUUCUAUCGAGACUAGAAUGAAAAAUUUCUUCAUCAAAGGUUUGUCUACUGUUCUUGCCAAUAUAUCACUAGAGGCAUUCGAUAAUGUUUGUGAACUUGAGACAUAUCCUUUCAAUGUUCCAGACAUUUCAUGUGAAGGAUUGUGGACUAUCUCUGGCAGAUAUAUUGGCAAUUUGCCAGACUUUGUCAGAGUUGAAGGUGUUUUAGGCGACUUAAGUAAAUUUGUUGUGGACAUAAAGACACAUAACACAAAUGAUAUUCCUCUUGAGAAGGUAUGUGGAAAGCAACAAAUUGAUAUUCUAACAGCCCAGGCAUGGUUUUCAAUAAGUAAGCAGAUGGAGGAGAAGGUUUCCAAAAUUAGCGUACAAACAGGGAUUGUGUCUGAAUACACACGCAUGUCAUUACUGGAAACUGCGAGAGCAGUGUGCCAGCCCACAGAAUCGCCUGCUGCUGGACGCAAGGGAUCAAAGAAAGGCAACUCUCAGCAGAAGGGAGAGAAAGAGAGCGAGAGAAGAGUAAUACUGCCAAGCUUGGGGAUUGGGUUUGGAAGCUUGGCAGCAACCGCGGAGAACAUAGCACCAGGGGCCGAGGAACAAAAGUUGCCAGAGGCAGCGGAGAUGAUAAUAAAUGCAGCUUCCAACUGUUGCGGGAGGUUGUAUGGGGACUGCUGUUGCAUGUGCUGCGUCCAGUGUUGCUCCAGAAUAAACAACCAGUGUGCAGUAGCCUUGACCCAACUGUGCACGGCUCUAGCGUGUUUUGGUUGCUUCGAGUGUUGCGCUGCUGUGUGUUGCUCUGGGGAAGAUCAAUGA